AUGGACAACACGACCACGCUGACGUUCACCAUGACGGCCUACGCCGCCUUGGAGCAGCACAAACAGGCGGUGUUCACCGUGUUCCUGCUGCUGUAUCUCAGCAGCAUCACGCUGAACUCUCUGCUCAUCAGCAUCAUACACCAGAACAAAGAGCUGCACCAGCCCAUGAACGUGUUCACCUGUGUGUUAUCCAUCAACGAGAUCUACGGCAGCACGGCGCUGUUCCCGGCCACCAUGGCCAUCCUGCUGUCUGACACCUAUGAGGUCCCCGUGCAGUGGUGCAUGGCUCAGGUGUACUUCCUCCACACGUUUGCCUGUGCUGAGUUUUGUAUUUUAGCUGUGAUGGGAUAUGACAGAUAUGUUGCCAUAUGUUACCCGCUGCAUUACCACAGCAUCAUGUCCAGCUCAAAGAUACAGAAGCUCAUUGCGUUAGCCGCUCUGUACCCGAUCAUUCUGUUUGGAGGUUAUUACUCGCUGACCUUGCAGCUGAGCAUGUGUGGCAGAGUCAUCCCGAAGCUUUACUGUGUGAACAUGGAGCUGGUGAAGAACGCCUGCUCCGUCGCGUCCUACAUCAGCAUCGCGGGACUCUUUCUUGUUCUGAUCUUUAUCGGGCCUCAGCUGCUCAUGAUCGUCUUCUCUUAUGCACAAAUCUCCAGAGUUUGUUCCAAGUUAUCGAGAGAGUCCAAGCGUAACACUCUGAAAACAUGUUUCCCACAUUUAUUAUCUCUGCUCAACUACACCAUCGGCUCCUUGUUUGAAAUCUUCCAAAGUCGCUUCGACAUGAGUCACGUGGCUGCAGAGGCUCGGAUCUUCUUGUCUUUAUACUUUAUCAUUAUGCCGUCGCUCACUAACCCCGUCGUGUACGGGCUCGGCACUCAUCUAAUCAGAGUUCAUGUCCUGAAACUGUUCAUCAAACACAGGAUCCUGCCCACGAAGUCAGCGAGGGCAGUGAUCGCAGCGUAA